CAACGGUCCUGGACCAAUGAGGGGCGAGAACGCUCUGAAGCCGGCGAUAUAAAAGGAGCUACUGCAAAGGCAGGCAGGGUUGGCGAGAGAAAGUUACUUUUGGUGAGAGAGUGAAUUGGUGCUUUUCAUUCAGGAGUUUAGCAGCAUGUCUCUCCAGGCUGACUUUGACAGUGUAGCGGAAAAAGUUAAAAAAUUAAAGACCAGACCUACUGAUGAUGAACUAAAAGAACUGUAUGGACUCUAUAAACAGGUCACCGUGGGAGACAUUAAUAUUGAGUCUCCUGGAGCUCUAGACCUCAAAGGCAAAGCCAAAUGGGAAUCAUGGAACCAGAAGAAAGGUAUGUCAAAGGAAGAUGCCAUGAAAGCUUAUAUUUCUAAGGCGAACGGGCUGAUCCAGAAAUAUGGACUGUAGGAUUCACCAAGUACCUUGAGUCUGAUUAGCUCAAAGACCUUAGGUAUUGCUAACGUCCAGUCGGACAUCAAACCGUUAUCAUGCCUAAGUUCUUUAAAUGGACACUUUAUGAUUCUGGUUGUAUUUGUUCACAAUAAAUUUUUAUUGGACACAGA